AGGGCCAAUAAAGGCAGCAAGGUCAUUGAGAGGUUGAAAAAGAAGCUCUCCGAGCAGGAAUCCCUCCUACUGCUGAUGUCUCCCAACAUGGCCUUCCGGGUACACAAUCGCAAUGGCAAGAGUUACACGUUCCUCAUUUCGUCGGACUAUGAAAGGGCAGAGUGGAGGGAGAACAUCCGGGAGCAGCAGAAGAAAUGCUUUAAAAGCUUCUCACUCACAUCGGUGGAACUCCAGAUGCUGACAAACUCCUGUGUGAAGCUUCAGACAGUCCACAACAUCCCCCUCACUAUCAAUAAGGAAGAUGAUGAAUCCCCAGGUCUCUAUGGAUUCCUGAAUGUCAUUGUCCACUCUGCUACAGGAUUCAAGCAAAGUUCAAAUCUGUACUGCACAUUAGAGGUGGAUUCUUUUGGGUAUUUUGUGAACAAGGCUAAAACUAGAGUUUACAGAGACACCACGGAACCCAACUGGAAUGAGGAGUUUGAGAUUGAGCUGGAAGGCUCACAAACUCUGCGGAUUUUGUGCUAUGAAAAGUGCUACAACAAAACCAAGCUCACCAAAGAGGACGGAGAGAGCACAGAUCGCAUAAUGGGGAAAGGACAGAUCCAGCUGGACCCACAGGCGUUGCAGGACAAAGAUUGGCAACGCACAGUCAUCUCAAUGAAUGGAGUUGAAGUGAAGCUGUCAGUGAAGUUUACCAGUCGGGAAUUUAGCCUGAAAAGGAUGCCGUCCCGGAAACAGACGGGGGUUUUUGGGGUCAAGAUCGCUAUUGUCACGAAGAGAGAGAGAUCAAAGGUGCCUUACAUAGUGCGCCAGUGUGUGGAGGAGAUAGAGCGGCGUGGAAUGGAGGAGGUGGGCAUCUACCGUGUCUCUGGGGUUGCAACCGAUAUCCAAGCUUUGAAAGCUGCCUUUGAUGUCA